AUGUCUCUCAAAAUUGAACGAAAAACUCUACCAGAAGAUCAUCCUUCAUUAGCUACCAUCUACAGCAACAUCGGUCAAGUGUAUAACAACAUGGGUGACUACUCGAAAGCACUUGAAUUUUACGAAAAAGCACGUAAAAUCGACGAAAAAGUUCUGCCUCCGAAUCAUCCCGAUUUGGCUACUUCCUACAACAACAUCGGUCAAGUGUAUAACAACAUGGGUGACUACUCGAAAGCACUUGAGUUUUACGAAAAAUCGCAUAAAAUCCUCGAAAAAGCUCUACCUUCAAAUCAUCCCAAUUUGGCGAGCUCCUACAAUUGCAUCGGCCUAGUGUAUAAGAACAUGGGUGACUACUCGAAAGCACUUGAAUUUUACGGAAAAUCACUUAAAAUAAGAGAAAAAGCUCUGCCUUCGAAUCAUCCCUCAAUGGCUACUUCCUACAACAACAUCGGUGGAGUGUAUGACGACAUGGGUGACUACUCGAAAGCACUUGAAUUUUACGAAAAAGCACUUAAAAUCGACGAAAAAGUUCUGCCUCCGAAUCAUCCCGAUUUGGCUACUUCCUACAACAACAUCGGCCUAGUGUAUAAGAACAUGGGUGACUACUCGAAAGCACUUGAAUUUUACGAAAAAGCACUUAAAAUAAGAGAAAAAGCUCUGCCUCCGAAUCAUCCCGAUUUGGCUGGUUCCUACAACAACAUUGGUACUACAUAUUUCGGCAAAGGAGACUACUCAAAAGCACUCUCAUUCUUAGAAAAAGCACUUUCUAUCUGGCAAAAAUCACUUCCACCUAAUCAUCCUAAUAUUAAAACAGUCACAAAUUCAAUUGACUAUGUAAAAAAGACAAUGUAA